AAACCAUUUAUGGCUCUUAUUAAUCACUAUAACGGAUCAAAAAGGCUUUUCAAACAGUUUCAAUGAAAUGUCCUACUAUCUGGACCUCGAAUCUCAUCUUUACAAAUAGACAACAAAAAACCUAUCUCCCUGCAGCUUUACAAACUUUAGAUUCAGCCUGUAUAAACGCUAGGAAACAUUGAAUACAAAGGACUCUUCUGGAUUUUCAGUUUAGGAAAAAUGCUUUCCACUGCAGUGUUUUCAUCCUUCUUUACGACGCCAUGACUUUUCCUAAAUGUAAUCUGAGUCCCGAACAAAUGAGAAAGAGAGUUUUUUAGGGGAACAGUCGAAGAACAAGAUGGCUGUCCUGGGGCAGGAGAAGUACCAUUCCCGUUUCACAUAAACACGAGCACUUUACUGCAGCCGUCAGUGAAAUGUAAAUUACCAAAUAGGUACGACUUUGAUUUCGUUUGAGUUAAUAAUCGCUUUACAAACAUCCUAUUCAAGACGACGGACUUCUUUCUUUGAGACGCAAAUGAAGACGGCUGGAUGUUUUCCUCAAGGAAACUUUCUUAAGGACUCGGCGUUCAUAUGUAGCGGAUAUUUUCAAAGGAAAGCCGAAAUGAUUCUAUAAACUUUUAUAGAGGUCCGUGCGUCUUUGCACUUUUCAGAUGCCCCGUACAAAGCAAAUAUAAAACCCAGCAUAUAGUGGACCAUGAGUUCUUCCCGAGUAAGACCACAGCAGCUACCACAGAGCCAGACUGGCAGGUUGCCUCACAGACUUAUUGACUCGGGAGAGGGGAUAGAGAUGGAGAACAUCCAACCUCAAGACCUGGGUCUCGGAGGAGCUAUAGGCACCCCGUCCCCUCCAUCGAGACAAGCGUGGAGUCGCGAUAAUCCCGGUUUCGAACCCGAGGAUGAGAUCAUGGAAGCGGACUGGCCUCCAGCGAGUCCAGGGAGAAGGUCAGUGUCCACGGCCUCCAGCAGCAGCUGCAGCAGUGGCCUGGGGAGCUACACAGGCGGAGGCAGCAGCAGCAGCACCCACAUAACCCGGGGAGGGUUGUAUCCGACCCCGACUGUGGAUGCCCAACAGCAAGACAGACAUGAGCACCCUGGCUGUUUGAAGCAGAUACUCCAGAAGAUCCGAGUUCUGUGGGGCACAGAGCUGAUGGAGGACAGCGACAGCAGCAGAGAGAGGUACCUCAGGAACGUACUGAGGGAGAUGCUCACAUAUAUUGCAUUCCUCAUCACUCUUUGUAUCCUGACAUAUGGGAUGGUGAGUCCAAACAUGUACUAUUACACCAAAGUCAUGUCCCAGCUUUUCCUGGACACACAGCUGUCUGCUGGGGACCAUUCAACUUUUAGAAGCCUCUCUACCAUGGAAGAUUUCUGGAAGUUCACAGAAGGACCUUUCCUGAAUGGCAUGUACUGGGAGGUGUGGUACAACAACAAGAGCCUGCCAGAGAACCAGAGCCUCAUCUACUAUGAGAACCUCCUGCUCGGUGUUCCACGGCUCAGGCAGGUUAAAGUUCGUAAUGAGUCCUGCUCUGUCCACGAAAACCUGAGAAACGAGGUUCAGGACUGCUACAACAUGUACACCCCAUCCAACGAAGACACCGCCUCGUUUGGCCCCAAGACAAGAACUGCUUGGGUGUACACUACAGAGAGUGAGAUGAAUGGGAGCAGUUUUUGGGGUCAGGUGUCUAAAUAUGGAGGUGGAGGAUACCACCAGGACCUGUCUCGUACCAGAGAGGAGUCAGCUGUCCAACUGCAGUAUCUCAAAGACCACCUGUGGCUGGACAGAGGCACCAGAGCAGUCUUUCUAGACUUCUCUGUCUACAAUAAGAACAUCAACCUUUUCUGUAUCGCCAGGUUGCUGGUAGAGUUCCCUGCAACUGGCGGGGUGUUGACCUCCUGGGAGUUCCAAACAGUCCGCCUGAUACGAUACGUGUCCAGCUGGGACUACUUUGUGGGUGUGUGUGAGGUGGCGUUCUGCCUGUUCAUCCUCUAUUAUGUGGUGGAGGAGGUGCUGGAGAUCCGAAUUCACCGCCUGCAUUACUUUAAGAGCCUGUGGAACUGUCUGGAUGUUCUCAUUGUUGUGCUGAGUGUUGUUGCUAUUAUCAUGAGCAUAACCAGAACAGCAAUGGUUGGACACCUUCUCAAAGGCUUGUUGGAGAACUACACUGCUCACCCCAUCUUUGAGCCAUUAGCCAGCCUGCAAGUUCAGUUCAACAACGUGGCUGCAGUUAUUGUCUUUUUCUCCUGGGUCAAGCUUUUCAAGUUCAUCAACUUCAAUAAGACCAUGAGUCAGCUCUCCAGCACCAUGUCUCGCUGCGCAAAAGACCUUGUGGGUUUCGCCAUCAUGUUCUUCAUCAUCUUCUUGGCGUAUGCUCAGCUAGCCUACUUGGUGUUUGGAACUCAAGUUGACGAUUUCAGCACAUUCCAAGAUAGCAUUUUCACCCAGUUCCGCAUUAUUCUGGGAGACUUUGAGUUCUCAGAAAUAGAGGAGGCCAAUCCAGUGCUUGGACCAAUCUACUUUACAACCUUUGUCUUCUUCAUUUUCUUUAUCCUCAUGAACAUGUUCCUGGCCAUCAUCAAUGACACAUACUCUGAGGUGAAGGCUGACAUGUCCCAACAGAGGUCUGAGAUGGAAAUGACUGACUUAAUUAAAAAGGGAUGUAACAAAGCCCUGAUGAAAUUGAGACUGAAGAAGACAGCAGUAGAUGACAUCUCAGAGAGUUUGCGUCAGGCUGGAGGCAAACUGAACUUUGAUGAACUCCGCCAGGAUCUUAAAGGAAAGGGCCACACAGAUGCAGAGAUACAAGCCAUCUUUGCCAAGUACGAUCAAGACGGCGAUCAGGAGCUGACAGAGCACGAACACCAACAGAUGAGAGACGACCUGGAGAAGGAGAGAGAGGACUUGGAGUUGGAGCGCAAUUCACUGACUCGACCCAGCAGUGGGCGGAGCUUCCCUCGCACACAGGACGACUCAGAAGAAGAUGACGAUGAAGACAGCGGCCACAGCUCUCGCCGGCGUGGUAGCAGCUCAGGGGGUGUCUCCUAUGAGGAGUUUCAAGUGCUGGUGCGGCGUGUAGACCGGAUGGAGCAUUCUAUUGGCAGCAUCGUGUCAAAGAUCGAUGCCGUGAUCGUGAAGCUAGAAUCUAUGGAGAGAGCUAAACUCAAGAGGAGAGAUGUGCUGGGCCGUCUGAUGGAUGGAGUCAUUGAGGAUGAACGCCUGGGACGGGACACAGAUGCCCACAGGGAGCAGAUGGAGAUGCUGGUGAGGGAGGAGCUGGAGCGUCUAGAGACUGAUGAUAUGGUGUCCCAGGUCAGCCACCCACAGACAGCCACUCCUGUCAACCCCCGGCCCCGUCCAUCCUCCUCUCUGUCCGCUGACGGCCUUGAUAUGAGCACAAAUGGGAGCAGCCACGUGUAAGCACCUGGUCGGCUGAAGAGUAUUCCACUAUUGAAAAAUUCCUCUGCAGCAAUACAAGCAACUGAAGACAAGGGACCAUUUUUUGCAGAACAAUAUAAGAUGAAGCCAUUUAAAUUUCUUGAAGUAUUACAAAAGAGGGUACUAAAUCACACUUUGCCUCAAAUACUUAUAUGCACUGAAAGGGACUGAGGGUACACAGAUAUGUAAGCAUAUUCACAAAACCGUCACUUUUGAAGAGUUUGUAAAAAUAAUGAAGGAUUUACAGUUCAGUAUUACACCACAGUGUUAGACUCAGUAUUGUAUAUAAAACAUUUUGAAAAUAUUCAGUCAUACUCAGAAUACACAGGGUAUGGUUUUUGUAUUACAUGACAAAUAUGCUCACCUGCUUUUGAUUUGAUAGCUUCAUAUCUUAGCAUUUACACAAAUACCAAAAAGGGCUUUCAUAUGAAUGAUAAUUAUGCUGAUUAUUUUUUCAUAUUUUUAAAAUAAUAGGUAAGAGUGUGGCAUAUUCUGUCAUAUUUACUCAUCCUGUGUACAUUGAUUAAGCUUAAAAUGAAUAGCUUAUCAUUUUAUGAUACAUAUUGUAACUUUAAACAAACUUCAAUUUGGAGUGCAUCUAGUGUUCAUGGGAAACCCAUGCAUUUAUUAUUUUUCCCCUGUGCCUUAAUUUUUUUAUAAAAUCUUUUUUUUUUUUUUUUUUUUAAUAUUUAUGCCAAUAAAGUUUUAUU